CAUUUCAUCAUAUUCUCUCUCCUUUCUACAUUUCUUCAUCACCAUUUUUCUCUCUAUCUUCCUUCAAAGAAAUCUCUCUGUUUCUACUGAAAUCAAAUCAAGAAAAAAGAACAGAAAUGGCUUCAAGAACCAUAUCCAAAGAUAUAAUAACCCUCCGUGGCUCCGCCGCCAUCGUCAGCGAAUUCUUCGGUUAUGCAGCAAAUAGCAUUCUCUACAAUCGAGGCGUUUAUCCUGAAGAAAGUUUUGCCAAGGUGAAGAAGUACGGUCUCUCCAUGUUGCUGACUCAGGACGAGGGUGUCAAAUCCUUUAUUGCCAAUCUCACGUCCCAGCUAUCAGAAUGGUUGGAAGCUGGGAAACUGCAGAGGGUUGUUCUUGUGAUAAUGAGCAAAGCCACCUCUGAGGUUCUUGAGAGAUGGAAUUUCAACAUUGAAACUGACAGCGAGGUCGUCGAGAAGGGGGUCUCGAGGGAGAAGAGCGAUAAGGAGAUCAUGAGAGAGAUUCAAGCGAUCAUGCGACAGAUCGCUUCCUGCAUUACUUACUUGCCAUGCCUCGAUGAACCUUGCGUGUUCGACGUAUUAGCAUAUACUGAUACAGAUGUGGCUGUGCCCUUUACUUGGAUUGAAAGCGAUGCCAAAUUGAUUCAAAACCCACAAAUGGUGAAAUUGCAUUCGUUCGAUACCAAGAUACAUAAGGUGGACACGCUGGUCUCAUACAAGAACGAUGAAUGGGACGAGCAAUAGUGUUUUCCUUUGUUUUCUUUUUCUUUCAUUUUUUCAUGGCUUGUUGUCUGGCGUGAAUGAAUUUUUUUUUGUGAAUAUCUAUUCACUUGGGCUCGUAUGGUUGAGAAGCUUGUUUUAACCAAAUGAAGAAGAGGCUUGGCGGGCAGGUUUUGCUCCCUCCUUUCACUAA